AUGAGAUCUUGCGUGACAUAUAGCCGUUGUCUUUUACAUUUACUACUACCUAUUCUCAUUGUAUUUUCUCUACGAUUUUUCCCUUGUCUAUCAUCAUCAUCAAUUGAAGUAUCAUCAAAAAAUUCUCUUAGUCAAUCAUCAGUGUCAUCCAUAAAAUCAACAGUUGUAAGUACUAAAUCUUCAAAAUGUCAACCAUUUAAUGUAUCUGAUACUCGACCAUUUUUUGAACGUGAACCCCCUCAAUUAGAUCUACCUCGACAUAUAUCAAAUUCAACACGUAAUAAUCUUUAUCAUCGAAGCUAUAGUUGUAUGUGCACAUAA